AUGCGUCAACAGCCCCGGACGUUAUGGGUCGUCGAGGCUCUGUGGGUCCUCGCGCGCGCUGCGCGACCUGUCCGUCUGCACGAGGAGUUCCCCGAGUAUCCGUACGUCUCUGCGUCGGACUUCCCGCUCCCCGAGCAGCCCGACGACAUUCCGGCGCGCCCGCUUCCCAGGGACGGUGCGUCACCCGCCAGGCAUCUAUCGCUCCGCUGGUACGAGGAGCACGUUGGCUGGCAUGAUCAAGCGGCAGGUCACGCCAUUGUGGACGCGUCUGUGUUGAGCAGGCGCAAGGACGAUUGCGGCGAGUCCAUCGAAAUCGCGCUUUAUGUUGUGGAUGCCGUCGUCGGCGCGGUCGAAGAGCAACAUGGCACUCCGCGCCACUCGCACUCCUCUUUCCAUCUCCUCAUCACCCCGACCUGCAUCACCGCCUCGUCAAUGCGCAACAUUGAACCACCCAUCUCCAGCCUCCACAAAGCGAAAGAUUUGUGGUACAAAGAUGGAACGAUCGUCAUCGUUGCCGGCUCCACCGCCUUCUGCGUACACAGCAGCGUUCUUGAAGCAGUCUCCUCCGUGUUCGGAGACAUGUUGAACCUUCCUCAAGAGGGUGAUUUCGAAACUAUGGAAGGACGUAUUGUCGUGCGCGUCCCAGAUUCCGAAAUCGAUAUGUCGCAUUUCCUCCGAGUGGUGUUCCGCCCGGGCUACGACAGUCUCGCCUACGAAACUAAGCCAAUAGCCUUCUCGGCGCUCGCAUCUUUCCUCCGCAUGGCACACAAAUACGACGUAGACAAGGGCUUCGCCUCCGUCGUUGACCGUCUCUCGCGCCGUUUCGGCGCGCCCCUCCAUACCUCACUCGGUCACCGUACCACCUGGGACAAGGUCGAAGCCCACCUCAACGCCUCCUCGGGGGUCACGUUCGACCCCGCCGAUGCGAUCGAGGCCGUCAACCUCAUGCGUCUCAUCAACUCUUCCGCGACAGGCGCAGACUCUCCGCCCCGCUUCGCAGACACCGCGGUCGCGGUCGCGCUCUUCUACUGUUGUGUCGCCGCCGACGGGAAGCCGCAGAUUCUUCGAAACGGCUGGGCUCGCGCGGACGGGACGACGGAGGUGCUCAACGACGCAGAUUUCGGACGAUGCGUCACCGCAAUGGUGUGCCUCCGGCAGGAGUUCGACGACGUCGUAGGGCGGGCGAUGGUCGCCUUCUGGGAAAACUACGAUAAUUUCAAGGACGACGUGGGUUGCUCCCGGAAGCCCCAGAGUGCCGGCGGACGUGGUCCUCCGGGGAUAUGA